UUUUCGCUUAUCCACGCAAGGUGACCUUUUUUUCUCUGCCAACGAGAGACUCUCUUCUGCCCAGUGGAGAAGAGUGAGACUGAGAGCGAAACCAAGAUGGCCUGCUCAGCUCCUUCUGCCAUUCUCUCAUCGAACCCUGGCUCCUUUUCAUGCAAAUCUGCGAAGCCCAUGGCUUCUAUGGUCCCUUCCAAGCCAUUCUCUCAAACCCUAACAAUCCCCAAAAGCUUCAACGGUCUCCGGAGACCCUUCCAGUCUCGCGUCUCUAGGCCAAUUUCCACCUCCAGAUCAUCUUCCAGGAGGAGCUUCUUUGUCAAUGCUAGUGAACUUCCUUUGGUUGGUAAUCAGGCCCCAGAUUUUGAAGCUGAAGCCGUUUUUGACCAGGAGUUCAUUAAGGUCAAGCUAUCCGAGUAUAUUGGAAAGAAAUAUGUCAUUCUCUUUUUCUAUCCUCUGGAUUUCACAUUUGUUUGCCCCACUGAGAUCACUGCUUUCAGUGACCGGUACUCAGAUUUUGAGAAGUUAAACACAGAGAUACUGGGUGUCUCUGUUGACAGUGUGUUCUCGCACCUUGCAUGGGUCCAAACAGAUAGGAAAUCAGGUGGGCUUGGUGAUCUGAAGUAUCCUUUGAUUUCCGAUGUGACAAAAUCAAUUUCAAAAUCCUAUGAUGUAUUGAUCCCUGAUCAGGGAAUUGCAUUGAGGGGACUUUUCAUUAUUGACAAGGAAGGAAUUAUUCAACACUCCACCAUCAACAAUCUGUCCAUUGGCCGUAGUGUUGAUGAGACAAUGAGAACACUCCAGGCAUUGCAGUAUGUCCAAGAGAAUCCAGACGAGGUUUGUCCAGCUGGGUGGAAGCCUGGUGAGAAGUCCAUGAAGCCAGAUCCCAAGCUUAGCAAAGAAUAUUUUGCAGCGAUAUAACAGAACCAAAGUGAUGCUUUGGUAGCACCUUUGUUAUUAGGAGAGUUUGGAGAAUUUUGUUGUCUUGUUAGUCAAAUGAGUCUUAGAGGAGCAGUUCAUGGAAAUAAAGACGUGUAUUCCCUCAAGUUUUCCUGAUAGCUGGACACUUUGUAUCACCUGUAAGCUUGUUUUUUUGUAUUGGCAUGUAUUCUUGAAGGUACACUAGAAAAACAGAUCAGGAGUCAGGACGUGCAAUGGCUGUGCAGUUGCAUUAAGUUCUCAAAUUUGGUGUUUA